AUUUCCUGUAUCCAUAGCAACCUAUUGCAUCCUGUCCGGGCUCUGUGAACCAAUAGGGAGGAAAACAUUUCCUGUUCAGUCUUAAAAAAUUACAAGUAACACACUUUUGCUCCGAUUGUCAUCUGUCUAGUAAUAUGCAUAAAGCAAUGAAACUGCAAGAUUAUUUCUAAAAUGAACAACAUUCUUGGGCCAGAACAAUUAUGAGCAGCAAACAAAGGGACGUGCAUAGAUGUGAGAGCUUUCUCAUUCCACUCCGCUUGUGUCUGUGUGGCUACGUCUUUAUGUUGCUUCUUCAAGAAAGGGUCCUUUGCUGCCCAGCUACUUGCCACAUCUGUUUAGAAAAACAGGUCAAUUGCAAAAGUGUGGGUCUAACCACUAUACCAAGGAACUUUCCUAAUACAACCACUCUCAUAUAUCUGAGUGGCAAUAAUAUAACCAAUAUAAGCCCGAAUGAGCUGUCAGACCUUAAGGAUCUUGCUUUACUUUAUUUGGACAAUUCAAAUAUUUCCUACAUACAUCCCAAAGCAUUUUCCUCCUUGAAGAAACUGUACUUACUGCACCUAAACCAUAAUGACAUCCAGCGCUUAGACAUAUCGGUAUUUGAUGGACUUGUCAACCUUCAUUAUUUGUACCUUCAACAAAAUCAGAUUCAUCUCCUUCCCCAAGGGUUGUUUGGCCACCUGAAAUCUGUCCGACGUUUAGACCUUCAAAAGAAUAAAAUUGAUGUUCUCAGCAGCGAUACAUUUUUUGGCAUGUUUAACCUUCAUACUCUAAAUUUAGCCAACAACAAUAUAUCACAGAUAUAUGACUCUGCAUGGCGUCAUCUAGAAAACCUUGAAAACCUAAACCUCGAAGGUAACCGUUUAAUGCAAGUCCCGUCCAAUGCUCUGGGAUUACUAAAAGGUCUCAAAAGACUUUUCUUGUCAAAUAACCAGAUUGGAUCAAUACAGAAUUUUGCUUUCCCAGGACUUAACUCAUUGCAGUAUCUGUAUUUAGAAAAUGCAAAUAUUCAGGCAAUCGGUAACAAGUCUUUUAAUGGGCUGAGCAAUCUCAAACAUUUGAUCCUGAGUCAGAAUGAGCUACGUACCCUUGAUUCGAAUACUUUUACCUCCCUGAAUCAGUUAGCAUAUCUGCAGUUGGACAGAAAUGGUAUAGCGACCAUAUCGGACAACGCCUUUGAAGAAAUGGGACCAUCACUUAAAGUUCUCAACCUUGCAUUUAAUAACCUGACGUCUCUGCAGCCUCGAGUACUUCAAUCCCUUGUCUCCUUAAGUCAUUUCCAGGCUAGUUAUAAUCCCUGGCAUUGUGGGUGCAAUUUGUUGGAACUUAGAAGCUUCCUCCUCGCUUCAUCUUCUAAAUUCAGUUUGCAUUGUCAUAGUCCACCACAGCUCAAGAACAGGCUUCUGCGUAAUGUGAAAUUGACUGAAUUUAGGAAUUGUAUGGGUAAUACAACAAAUACGUCACCCAGGUUGUUUCACAUGUUUCCAACAAGGGCUGAAGUAAUGCAUGGGCACAUGAAAAGUGUCACAUACAAACCUCUUUUGAGCUCUUCGAUUACCCAUAAAAUGCUACCUGCUCAGUCAACAUCUACGGAGUCCAUUAACAUUGUAAGGAGUCAUUCAGGACAGAAUACUAGUGGGUUGUUGUAUGAGAAGAUAGCAUUCAAUUUUCCACCUGUGAAUUUAACCACCAAUGCUGUGAGCCAGACACCCCUAGACAUUAUUACAGUUUCUCUUAAACCAGUUGUCAUAUGUCAGUCGACGGCAGAAGACCUACACCAGUCUUUCUACACUUUGCUCUCAUUUUUUAUGCUGUCUUGUAUUGUAAUUUGUUUUUUAGUAUAUAAAAUUAUUUAUCUGAAAAAGAAACUUAGGAUUCCAGAACACCAAGGUGAUAGUGUGCUUGAGUAUUACAGCUGCUAUCAGACUGGCAGGUACCAGACAACAGAUCCCGUACACAUCCUACCACCCUUGCCAAGUCCUGAUAUUGACUUAAUAAGACCUUUAAAACGCACUCCGUCAGAUUCUCAGACACAGGUGAUCCUGUUUGAGCAUUCUGCUCUCUGAAUUCACUUCAAAACAAUUCAAGAAUGUUGUGAAAUGAUUUAGUUACCCAAUGGGGUCUGCCAUUUACAUGACACCUAAGGGUAUGUUCACACAAAGCGGAUACAUUGUGGAAUUUUUACAUCAGAAAAUGUUCAGUCCCUCCAGUUUAUGAUGAACCUCAUUUCUUAUCAGUAUUUUAUUCUGUUUUACCAUAUUUGACAUUUCAGAUUAAAAGGGUUAGGGGUGUAAUCACAUGGGCUAACUAAAGCUGACUAUAUUUGGAGAAGUCCUUCAUCCAAUUAAACAAAGAGGAGAUACUAUCUGUAAUGAACAUUUUGCCUUGAAGUUUAAAUUAUUAAAUACAUUUU